AUGGGCAACGCAAUUUUGUCCAGAGCUCAUCAUGGGCAUGUUAAGAUCAUGAAAUUAGACGGACAAGUGAUGAAGGUGAAGGCGCCUUUGACAGUAGAUGAAAUCCUCCAAGAUUAUCCAGGCUAUGUCAUUUUGCACUCGGAUGCAGUUCGUCAUAUGGGAGUCAGAGCAAAGCCUCUGGAUGGAUCUGCAACUCUCAAAGCUAAACAUCUCUAUUUUCUUAUUGAAUUGCCAAAGUUGGAAAAUUACCAGUGUGCGCCACGAAGGAUCCGUUCCGGGAUAGCCAUGAACGCAAAGUCUAGGCUCGAGAAUAUGCUCCUUGCGCGCAGAUCCAUUUCUGAUAUUUCUUACAUGAAUUGUGAGCCAUCAUCAGAUACAUCUUCUUCGGAGAUUAGUGAAGAUAAUGGAGCUGUUCGGGUUAAAGUGCGUAUGAGAAGGGCUGAGCUCAUUGAAAUGAUGGCAGAGAGCCAUGACAGUUCUCAAACCGCCGAAAGAAUCCUUGAGUCAUGCCUCAACUCCGUCAAAUCCCACCAAACAGAAAGCAGAAAUGUAAUGGAUGUUCAAGAGGAAAAGGAAGACAAUUUGGUAUGGAGACCAUCCCUUGGGAGCAUACCUGAAACUUGCAGAAACCCCCAGGUAAACCAGGUUAGAUUUCGCUCUGUGCAGAAUCAAGAAGUCUUGUAG